AUGUCUGCAACAGUUCAAACCAACAAACCGGAUUUUGAAAGCACAGCUCCUCCUCAGAAUAUCACGAAUGCAGAGGAAUAUCGAAAAAAUACAGACGAGCUCUCCCGGGAGUUGUUAUAUCAUGUCAUUCACCGACUCGAAACCCAAGCUUCAAAACAAGACUAUACCAGCUCAUCAAGCAAAAACAACAGCGAUGACCUCGAGGUCUUUCGUUUCUUCGUCGUAACCAUGAUCGCCAUCUCCGUCUUCGGCGCCUCAACCUUCGCCGUCAUAGUCGGAGAAAUGACCGACCCCGCCGACAUCUGGGCCACGCCAACAUUUACUCUCAAAACAGUCCGACUCUUUCUCUCAGUCUCAUGGCUCGCGUUUGCCGUUUCCAUCGCACUGGCUGGUUAUAGCGGGAGUUUUCUAGCGCUGAUGCGACAAAAGGCAAAGGGCGAGAUUGAUGAAGAGACGAUAAAGAAGUGGACGCCUGCUGGGCUUGUUGUUUCUGCUGCGUUGCAUCUGCUUAUCGUGACGGGUUUCUUGUUUAUGGCACUUAGUCUGGUGGCAUAUGUUGGAUCGUUUGGGUGGGUUAUUGUUGGGUUUUCUGUGGUGAUGUAUCUUGUGGUCUUUUAUCUACUUAUUGCGCAGUUUCGCGCCGCGUGA